UGAGUCAGAGUUGCGCAUGAAAUCCCUCGCUGAGCGCGAGAUGGGCCGCCUGAAGCAAGACAUCGCGCAGCUGGAGUUGGAAACGGAAAGACUGGGGAAGCAGAGGGAUCAACAGAAGAGGGCCAUCCUGAGAGGGGCCCAAAAGGUAAAGGAGCUGGAGCGGGAGCAGGCGCAGGGCCAGGAGGUGCUAGACUCCCUGCGGCAGGACGCCGUCCGAGGAGAGGAAGACCACGCCGUCCUGAUGAAGUGCAUGCAGGAGGAUGAAUGCAGGACCGUCAAUGUUAGACUCUUGACCUGAUGGAGUCUGGGACACAACCAUUGUUUUUGGGGUUCUGGUUUUGGUCACAGUGGCCGCUCCAGAUCCCGGCCAAUAAAUUAGGAGAAAUAUUAUCUCCUUUGACACCAGUGAAAUUCUAGCAGGUGGCUGACAGAUUUAAAAUGAACAUCGGACUUCACCAAUGUUCUUUUGUAUGUUCCUGUGUUUUAGUCAGUAAAAUGUUUAUUUAAAAAACUUCAGUGACAUGCUCAUGGGGUCGGUUCUGAGAUGGAGCAGGGAUAGUCCUGAACACCUGUCUCCCCCCUGACUGCUGCUGCAGGACCUCCUCCUGAGAAUGGAAAAGCAGAACAUUGAGGCCAGGCAGAGACAUGAGGCCAUGGAUGAGGACUGGGAGAGAACAGCUACUGCAGAGCUGGAGUGGGAGAGGACGGAGGAGGCUAUUUGCCAGUUGUGCAAAGAGAGGGAGGAACUGACCAGGCACUGGCAGACCAGUGUCAGUCACAUGACCAAGAGGCAUCAGGACAUGGACCUGUGUAUCAUGUCCCUGUCUUUGGUGAAGGAGGAGGUAAAGGAGAGGGGAGAGGCGGUAAAGAUGGUGAGGGAGACUCUGGAGAGCUUGUGGCGGAGGAACGCGGAGGCUGGCCGGUGGGUGGAGACUGUGAGCCGGCAGGCGGCUGAGAUGAAGUGGGGGUCUGGAGAGCAGGAGAGCCGAAGCACUGUGCUGUAUGGCGAGUGUAAGGUCCUCAAGUGUGCCGUUGACCGGACCAACACAGAGGUGAAGAUGGCGCAAUCCCUCCUGGCUGAGCUGACAACAAAUGUGCACGCCAACAAGAACAGGCUGGAAAAGGCCAGGCUCCACAGUGCUUCCCUAGAGGAGGAGCUAAAAACUGAGAUGGAGGUGGUGGUCAGAGCAAAGGAGGAGGCAGAGCAGGCAGAGCAGGAGGUGAAGAAGGAAGAGAAAGCCAGCAAGGAUGCUGAUGCCAGGUUUUAUGGGCACCAGGAGGUGCUCGCUCGGAAGGCAGAGCAGCUGCAGGCCCUGAAACGGGAGGAGAAAGGGCAGCAGGCGGAGGUUUCGGCUGGGCGUAGCGCUCUCUCCACAAUGAGCCGCCAGCAGCAAGAGAUAGAAAGGAUCCUCAUCAGGAAAAAGGAGGCUGUGUACAAGCAGGACUCCCAUAUGGAGCUGCUGGAGAGGAGGAUGCAGGAGCUGAGUGCAGGAGAGGGCAGGAAGCUGGUGGAGCUCUUGAAGGAGGAGGCAGCACAGGUCUCCAUGUACAUGGAGGAGAGGAAGAGGACCCUCUGCUUUCAGCAUGGGGAGCUGCAGAAACUGGAGGGGGAACUUCGCCUCGCGAAGCGAGACGCAGAGAAGCUGGCAUCGGAGAGAAAGAGCCUGAGCUGUAAAGUGGAGGAUCUGGAGCUGAUCACUGCAGCCACUGAGAGGGAGCUCAGUGAGAUCACAGGGGAGAAACUGGAGUUUAUGGUGAAGGAGAACCUGCUGAAGCUGGAAGUGAAGCAGGCCAAUGACAGGCUUCAGAGCGAGAAGGACAGGAUUGUCUCCCUGGAAAAGCAGCGGUUGCGUCUAGAGGCGGAGUUUAAGGGGAAGGAGGCAGAGCUCCACCUUCAGAAGGAGGCGGUCCAGAGGCAAAUUAAACAAGUAACCCAGGGGUGUCAGAAGACCAGGGCCGAGUGGAACAGGCAGCGAUGUAAAGCUCAGAAGCUGCAGAAAAAGCAUGAGGCCAUCGCUGUGUUCACCGUAUGCCUGGAGGGAGAGGAAGUCUCUCUACAGCAGUAUCAAGAUGAGGUAAAGAGGCAGAGAGAGGAACUGAAGCAGAAGAAAGAGGAACUGAACAGGAAGCAGGCCACGAAGCAGAGGGAGGUCAUGGACCUGAAGAACAAGCUGUCCGCAGUCAGAGGGAAGUGUGAAGAGAGGAAGACUCUGGAGCAGACACUUUGUGUGAUGCAGGACAAACAUACCCAAAAGGCCAGCCAUGUGAAGGAGCUCAAAAAGCAUAUUAAGGGCAUGAACAUGUCUCUGCUCCAUGAGGAGAGGGAGGUUCUGCAGAAACGUUCUCUGCUCCAGGAUCUGCGCUCUGAGAUGCACGCCCAGGAAGAGGAGCUGAGCCAGACCCUCAAAUUGUGCUCUGAACUGGCCUCCAACAUCCGUUCAGAGAUGGUAAACAGUGACAAAACCGAGGAGGAGGACAUGGACUGGCAUGAGCUACAGGAGUUCUCAGAGACAGCAGUGAUGUUGCUCCUAGAGGUCAUGGACAAUUACCCUGACCUCAGAUCAGUCCUGAAGGCACUGUUUAUGGAGAGGGGUCUAACCCUGGACAGGCCCAGUCCGGGGUGGGAUAGCCGGCAGAGCGGAGAGUCGGCGUCUACACGCAGCUGGGACUCUUCAGACAGGGGCAGCAUGAAGUCCCUGGAGCAGCAGACACAAGACACACAGCUAGCCGUUCAGGCUCAGGGGAGCCCCUGCCAGCUGACCAAUCACCAGCAUGACUCUGGGUGGGGCAGCUCCAGCCAGAGUGAUGAGAGCAGCAGGAGCAGCAGCAAAAGCAGGAAAUUCUAGCCCCUCUCUAGACGUUGUGGAUUGCCCAGGAUGACACCUGCUUUCAGAUUUUUCUUUGUGCCACAGGACCACAGCACAGUGGCACACUCACCCAGCUAUUAUAACGAUUUUAAAGAUAAAAUAAGCUUGUGUAGUCACAAAUGAAUGAUACAUUACUGUGAGUAAUAGCAACACUGAUUGCACAGGUAACAUACGUCAAUGUCUGUACAGGAAAGCAGUACUUUUAUUGUGACAAAUAAUAUUGCGUUAAUAUCAGUGCCCGGUGUGAGAAACACUCUUGAGAACUGAAGUUCCCUCAAUUCACAGAAGGUGGCAGUGCUGUUAAAAAACCACCCUGCUUCCUUCCUUCCAAUCUGAUGACAAACUGCAAUACAUGCUUGCUGACUGCUGGGGGUGCCAGAUUGCUUUUUACAAAGAGCAACUCUUAUAUUCAUGUUUUUUAUUCACUGCAGCGAGUCAUUUGUGAGUGUGCUAUCAUUAAAUAAAAUCCAGUGUUUAAAAUCCA